AUGUCGAAAAUUCAUCUCUUGGCCCUAGAUCCUGAGGCUGUAUGCACAAAUGCUUUCACAAUUUCAUGGGAUGAAAUGAAAUUAUAUGCAUUUCCCCCCUUCAUUUUGAUACCAAAAGUAUUGCAAAAAAUUAUAGCCGAUAAGGCAGAAGGGAUAGUCGUGGAAACCCCACCCCCUACACAGCAAACUUACCCUGGUUGCAGGGCGGUUAUCAGGGAAGGUAUUUACGCUUUCUCAGCGGAGAAUAUUUUAAGAUUCCUCACUGAACUUUUUGAGAAAGGGUCCUCAUAUAGCUCACUGAACACCAUCAGAUCAGCAUAAGCGCUGGUCCUAUCACCCAAGGUUGGAGAGGAUUACAGAAUUAGACGGGUCCUAAGGGGAGUAUUCAAACGAAGGCCAUCAACACCGAGAUAUCAGAUCACCUGGGAUCCAAAAAUCGUUUUAGACUAUCUAACAACGCUUGGUUCCAACGAUAUUAUUACACUUGAGCAGCUCACCAAAAAAGUGAUUACUCUACUGGCCCUAGUAACAGCUCACAGGGUCCAAACCCUAUCUCUAAUAGAGGUCAGGAACAUAGAGAAAAAUGAGAGAGAAAUCGUUAUAAAGAUCCCGAAAAAAAUAAAAACUUCUGGAGCAGGAAGGCCCCAACCAGUCCUAAUGAUUCCGUAUUUUCAGGAAAAGUCGGACCUCUGCCCUGCCACAGCCUUAUGUUCGAAAAACAAAGGACUGAACAAGAAACCGGCCUACUGGUGGAACGAGGAGAUAAGAGAACUCAGCAGAGCCUGCAACACAGGGAGACGACUGAACAAGAAACUCCAAGGCAAGAACGAUAAAGUAUAUGCAGAAGCAAGAAGGGAACUAAAAAUGGCAAUAAAAAGAAGCAAGAGACAAAAAUGGAAGGACCUCAUUAACACCUUGACGGACAACGACGUCUAUAGACGUUCAGGUCACUGUGCAUGA